AUGCGUGAGCGGCCGCGUAUAACCGUACGCCUUUGUGCCAAGAAGGAUUCCUUUACGCCCACCUCGUCUCACCGGUUUGGAGACCACUCAGCGAUGUCUCGCCAUGGCGUAUCAACAGGUACGGUCGUCUUGCGUAACGGUGAGGAGGUUGAUCACCAGAAAAACAUGUCGAAUAUCGCUCGUGUAAGCGGCAGUUUGGCGUGGUGUAUGACGCGUCUCGGCGGUUUGGCUAAAGGUGUCAUGCGAGCCGUUUUGGGAGUGACCACCGUGGGCGGGGCUGACGCCAGCCGGUGUGGUCCAACGCCAGACUCAGUAGCUUCCUCACAUGCGCCACCAUCCCAGACAAACUCGCCGGUACCACCCAUAACUAAUAAUGUAACCACGGCAGCGAACACCAUGCAUAUGCAGUCGCAUCGCUCAGGAGUAGCGGCAGUUGCGCGAGCGGAGUGCAAUCCCGUUGUUGUGAGGCCCGGUGAAUUUGCUGGUAAUGCCCAUCAGCGUGGGUCCCAGAUGAUAGAACCGGAGACUGGGCCUUACACGCACCAUUAUCAAUACAACUUCUACUACGCCGCUCCAUCAAAUAAUCUACCCACCGUGGAUCCUCUGUUAUUGGCAAGGUUCAACGAGCCGCGUUACACGAUACGGCCGUCACGGCCUUCGUACAGGUCGACUAUAUUGGCUCCCCGCCCCACUCCAGAGAAGCGGAGGCGCGACCAAGGCGAUGCAGAUGCGUCUUCAACUAUGCGGCAAGACCUAUUGAGGCGUGUGACAUUUGAGGCAGAAGGGCUUGGUGGUGGAACUGACCGUGGCACGAAUAGAGAUGGGGAAAAGGCUGCACACGUCGCAGGCCCAACUUCAGGUACCACUCGCACCCCGAGUAAUCCCUUCUCAUCAGGUGCCUCUGCUGGGAAUGCUUCAGCAAGUGGUGAAAAGAACAAUGCUCCACGGAAUCCUUUCUCAUUUGGUGCCUCUGCUGGAAGUGCUGCAGCAAGUGGUGAAAAGGACAAUGCUCCACGGAAUCCCUUCUCAUUUGGUGCCUCUGCUGGGAAUGCUUCAGCAAGUGGUGAAAAGGACAAUGCUCCACGGAAUCCCUUCUCAUUUGGUGCCUCUGCUGGGAAUGCUUCAGCAAGUGGUGAAAAGGACAAUGCUCCACGGAAUCCCUUCUCAUUUGGUGCCUCUGCUGGAAGUGCUGCAGCGAGCUCGGGCAUUGGGGCUGUGACUUCAAAGACAGCUUCAUCUGGUGGUUUCUUUAAAAGUGGCCCAUCUGCUGUCCCGUUUGAUGAUGAGGGUUUCGCUGACAACGCUGGAGGUGAUGACGAAGACGGGUCACCAUCUCCAACUGCAGGUUCAACUUCAGGUGUCACUCGCACCCCGAGUAAUCCUUUCUCAUCAGGUGCCUCUGCUGGGAAUGCUUCAGCAAGUGGUGAAAAGGACAAUGCUCCACGGAAUCCCUUCUCAUUUGGUGCCUCUGCUGGGAAUGCUUCAGCAAGUGGUGAAAAGGACAAUGCUCCACGGAAUCCCUUCUCAUUUGGUGCCUCUGCUGGAAGUGCUGCAGCGAGCUCGGGUAUUGGGGCUGUGACUUCAAAGACAGCUUCAUCUGGUGGUUUCUUUAAAAGUGGCCCAUCUGCUGUCCCGUUUGAUGAUGAGGGUUUCGCUGACAACGCUGGAGGUGAUGACGAAGACGGGUCACCAUCUCCAACUGCAGGUUCAACUUCAGGUGUCACUCGCACCCCGAGUAAUCCUUUCUCAUUUGGUGCCUCUGCUGGGAAUGCUUCAGCAAGUGGUGAAAAGGACAAUGCUCCACGGAAUCCCUUCUCAUUUGGUGCCUCUGCUGGAAGUGCUGCAGCGAGCUCGGGUAUUGGGGCUGUGACUUCAAAGACAGCUUCAUCUGGUGGUUUCUUUAAAAGUGGCCCAUCUGCUGUCCCGUUUGAUGAUGAGGGUUUCGCUGACAACGCUGGAGGUGAUGACGAAGACGGGUCACCAUCUCCAACUGCAGGUUCAACUUCAGGUGUCACUCGCACCCCGAGUAAUCCUUUCUCAUUUGGUGCCUCUGCUGGGAAUGCUUCAGCAAGUGGUGAAAAGAACAAUGCUCCACGGAAUCCCUUCUCAUUUGGUGCCUCUGCUGGGAAUGCUUCAGCAAGUGGUGAAAAGAACAAUGCUCCACGGAAUCCCUUCUCAUUUGGUGCCUCUGCUGGGAAUGCUUCAGCAAGUGGUGAAAAGAACAAUGCUCCACGGAAUCCCUUCUCAUUUGGUGCCUCUGCUGGGAAUGCUUCAGCAAGUGGUGAAAAGGACAAUGCUCCACGGAAUCCCUUCUCAUUUGGUGCCUCUGCUGGGAAUGCUUCAGCAAGUGGUGAAAAGGACAAUGCUCCACGGAAUCCCUUCUCAUUUGGUGCCUCUGCUGGAAGUGCUGCAGCGAGCUCGGGUAUUGGGGCUGUGACUUCAAAGACAGCUUCAUCUGGUGGUUUCUUUAAAAGUGGCCCAUCUGCUGUCCCGUUUGAUGAUGAGGGUUUCGCUGACAACGCUGGAGGUGAUGACGAAGACGGGUCACCAUCUCCAACUGCAGGUUCAACUUCAGGUGUCACUCGCACCCCGAGUAAUCCUUUCUCAUUUGGUGCCUCUGCUGGGAAUGCUUCAGCAAGUGGUGAAAAGGACAAUGCUCCACGGAAUCCCUUCUCAUUUGGUGCCUCUGCUGGGAAUGCUUCAGCAAGUGGUGAAAAGGACAAUGCUCCACGGAAUCCCUUCUCAUUUGGUGCCUCUGCUGGGAAUGCUUCAGCAAGUGGUGAAAAGGACAAUGCUCCACGGAAUCCCUUCUCAUUUGGUGCCUCUGCUGGGAAUGCUUCAGCAAGUGGUGAAAAGGACAAUGCUCCACGGAAUCCCUUCUCAUUUGGUGCCUCUGCUGGGAAUGCUUCAGCAAGUGGUGAAAAGAACAAUGCUCCACGGAAUCCCUUCUCAUUUGGUGCCUCUUCUGGGAAUGCUUAA